AAACACUGGAUUUUUGUUAAAAGUUCUGCCAGAGUGAUACACCAGUAAAGAUGUCAUACUUAAUGCAAGGAGUUAAAUGUUGCAGUCUUGUGAAUCAGAUGCACAAAGUAACAGGAACUCUGUUUAAAGCACACACAUUAAAGAACAUCUUGGGCAUCAAUGGACAACAAUUCAAAAAUUCACGUACAUCAUCUCAGCUUAGUUCUGAGAAGGCAAACUCUUAUAAUUAUGUCAUUGUUGGAGCUGGAUCAGCAGGGUGUGUAUUAGCCAACAGGUUGACUGAAGACCCUCACAGUACUGUACUACUCUUGGAAGCAGGCCCUAAAGAUACCCUCCUAGGUAGUAAAAGACUGAUGUGGAAGAUUCAUAUGCCUGCUGCAUUAACAUACAACCUCUGUGACGAGAAAUAUAACUGGUAUUACCACACAACAUCACAAAAGCAUAUGGAUAACCGCAUUAUGUACUGGCCCCGAGGAAGAGUGUGGGGUGGCUCCUCUUCUCUCAAUGCUAUGGUAUACAUUCGUGGGCAUGCAGAAGAUUAUAAUCGAUGGAGCAGGGAAGGGGCUAUAGGAUGGGACUAUGAACAUUGCUUGCCCUAUUUUAGGAAGGCACAGACACAUGAACUGGGGCCAGAUCAGUACAGAGGUGGAAAUGGACCUCUGUAUGUGUCAAGAGGGAAAACAAACCAUCCUCUUCAUCUUGCAUUCCUGGAGGCAACCCAGCAAGCUGGGUAUCCCUUCACGGAUGAUAUGAACGGCUAUCAGCAAGAAGGAUUUGGCUGGAUGGACAUGACCGUACACCAAGGUCAGAGAUGGAGCACAGCUAGUGCUUACCUUCACCCAGCCAUAUCACGCCCAAAUUUGUCAGUUGCAGAGAAGACACUUGUAACAAAAAUCUUGUUCCAAGGAACAAAAUCCAUUGGUGUUGAGUAUGUGAAAAAUGGGCAAAGGAAAAAGGCUUUUGCCAGUAAAGAAGUUAUUUUAAGUGGAGGUGCCAUAAAUUCUCCACAGCUGCUUAUGUUGUCAGGGAUUGGCAAUGCAGAUGAUCUAAAAAAACUGGGGAUCCCUGUUGUUUGCCAUCUGCCUGGAGUAGGCCAGAACCUUCAAGAUCAUUUAGAAGUGUACGUCCAGCAAAAGUGCACCAAACCCAUUACUCUAUAUAACGCACAAAAGCCAGUUAACAUGGUGAGGAUUGGUCUAGAAUGGCUUUGGAAGUUUACAGGUGAGGGAGCCACUGCCCACUUAGAAUCUGGUGGGUUUAUCCGAAGUGAACCAGGGGUUCCUCACCCCGACAUUCAGUUCCACUUUCUCCCUUCUCAGGUGAUUGAUCAUGGUCGGGUUGCUUCCACAAUGGAGGCUUACCAGGUCCACGUGGGACCCAUGAGGAGCACGAGUGUGGGCUGGCUAAAGCUGAAGAGCACAGACCCCAAGGACCAUCCUAUCAUUGAGCCUAACUACAUGUCAACAGAAAGAGAUAUUUUGGAAUUCCGCCAGUGUGUCAAGUUGACCAGAGAGAUCUUUGCUCAGAAAGCUUUUGAAAAAUUUCGUGGGCCUGAAAUUCAACCAGGAAACCAUGUUCAGUCUGACAAAGAAAUAGAUGCUUUCAUAAGGCAGAAGGCUGAUAGUGCUUAUCAUCCUUCCUGCACCUGUAAAAUGGGUCAGCCUUCAGACAGCACUGCUGUAGUUGAUCCCCAAACAAAAGUAAUUGGCGUUGAAAACUUGAGAGUAGUAGAUGCUUCAAUAAUGCCCAGUGUUGUCAGUGGGAACUUGAAUGCCCCAACUAUUAUGAUGGCAGAGAAAGCUGCAGAUAUAAUUAAGGGCCUCCCAUCACUUCAGGAAAAAAACAUUCCUGUUUAUAAGCCCAAGACCUUGGAAACACAGAGAUAAACAAAUGUUCUCAGCCUUUCACAUCUUUUGUUACUUGACUUUUCACCAGCAUGUUGAUAUCU